AUGCCUGGAGAGGUGAGAGGAGUGUCACAUUCCCUGGAGCUGGACCUAGAUUUCCGGAUGGCCUCCAUGUGGGUGAAGGGAAUUCGACCCAGGUCCUCUGUGUCUGACAUGGUCCUCAUUGGCCUGGCUCUCGGGGGUACGUGUGGAGAGGCCACACUGAUGGAGGCCCUUGGGAUGUCCUGUUUCCUCUUUCACUUCAGUUAUCUGAGCCUGGGAAUAGGAUUCAUCACCACAGUGCUCAGCCUUGCUGGGUGGUAUGGGAGGAGCAUGAAAGCAAAGGAUCUGGCCUCUCAUCUUCAGGAUGUGGCCUUGGAACACACCUUUCUGACCCUGAGGAGGAAUUAUCACGGAUACAAUGAGCCAGAUGACUUCUCUACACAGUGGAACAUUGCCAUGGAGAAGCUGAAGUGCUGUGUAAAUAAUUACACAGAUUUUGCUGGCUCUCCCUUUCAAGUGACAGCUGGCCACACCUACCCCAGGGGCUGUUGUAAAUCUAUAGGCAGCGCAAACUGUGAUGCGCAUAGUAUGUCCUCAGAUCUCAUCUACCAAGAGGGCUGCUUCGUCAAAUUUCUGAGAAUCACCAGGACCCAGAGCUCCCUGAGCUCAGUCUCCUUGGGAGCAGCAGCGGUGCAGUAA